AGUUCUCUCUCUCUGUGUUCAUCUUCUUCUUCCAUGGCUACGAUCCAGUCUGUUAAGGCGAGGCAGAUCUUCGACAGCCGUGGUAACCCCACCGUCGAGGUCGAUAUUGUUCUUUCAGAUGGUUACUUGGCUAGAGCUGCUGUUCCCAGUGGUGCCUCUACCGGUGUGUACGAGGCUCUAGAGUUGCGUGAUGGAGGCUCAGACUACCUCGGAAAGGGAGUCUCAAAGGCUGUCAACAAUGUCAACUCAAUCAUCGGCCCUGCUUUGAUCGGCAAGGACCCAUCCGAGCAAACUGCCAUUGAUAACUUCAUGGUUCAGCAGCUUGAUGGAACUGUUAAUGAGUGGGGUUGGUGCAAACAGAAGCUCGGCGCAAAUGCUAUAUUGGCGGUGUCUCUUGCAGUCUGCAAAGCCGGGGCUUAUGUCAAGAAACUUCCUCUUUACAAGCACAUUGCCAACCUUGCUGGCAACAAGAACUUGGUGUUGCCUGUUCCUGCUUUCAACGUCAUCAACGGAGGAUCACAUGCAGGAAACAAACUUGCCAUGCAGGAAUUUAUGAUUCUUCCUGUUGGAGCUUCCUCAUUCAAAGAGGCCAUGAAGAUGGGUGUGGAAGUAUAUCACAAUCUUAAGUCUGUGAUUAAAAAGAAAUACGGACAGGAUGCCACUAACGUUGGUGAUGAAGGUGGAUUUGCUCCCAACAUUCAGGAGAAUAAGGAGGGUCUUGAAUUGCUUAAGAUUGCCAUUGAGAAGGCUGGAUACACUGGAAAGGUUGUCAUCGGAAUGGAUGUUGCUGCAUCUGAGUUUUAUGGAACUGAUAAAACGUAUGAUCUUAACUUCAAGGAAGAGAAAAACGAUGGUUCCCAGAAGAUCUCUGGAACUGCUCUCAAGGACCUCUACAAGUCAUUUGCGUCCGAGUACCCUAUUGUCUCAAUUGAAGAUCCUUUUGACCAAGAUGACUGGGAGCACUACGCUAAGAUGACAGCUGAAUGUGGAGAGCACGUACAGAUUGUCGGAGAUGAUCUAUUGGUCACCAACCCCAAGAGGGUUGAGAAGGCAAUCAAGGAGAAGAGUUGCAAUGCUCUUCUUUUGAAGGUGAAUCAAAUUGGGUCUGUCACUGAGAGUAUUGAGGCUGUAAGAAUGUCUAAGAAAGCUGGGUGGGGUGUUAUGGCCAGCCACAGAAGUGGAGAAACUGAGGACACUUUCAUUGCUGAUCUGUCUGUUGGUUUGGCCACGGGUCAAAUCAAGACCGGAGCCCCCUGCAGGUCAGAGCGUCUUGCCAAGUAUAACCAGCUCUUGCGUAUUGAGGAAGAGCUCGGCUCAGCAGCAGUCUAUGCUGGAGCUAAGUUCCGCGUGCCAGUUGAGCCCUAUUAAAACAUGAAGUGCACGAGUGCUUGAGCGGGAUUUGAGAAAUCGGCGGUUCAGUGUGGCGAAUAAGUUUUACUUGUAGAAUGGCUUAGUUUAGUUGUAUGGAACUUGAAUCCCUUUUUCCAAUAAUUUUCAGCAGAAGUUUUGUUUUGAGAGCUUGAACACAAUGCUGUACUGAAUUCUUUUAAGCGAGCAAGUUCGACUGCGUGAA